UUCUAUUAAGAAACAUUUUAAUUAUCAUCCUGACCCUAAGGAUAGCAGAACAAGCAACAUUACUUUAUGUUCUGAUACCAUUAGAACACAUCAGAAAUACAAAUAUCCUGUCUGCUGUUAAUGCUUUAGUGUAGCUAGCAUUGACCAUCCACUCCAUACAAACCACAAAUGUUCCUAGAACGGACUGAAGAUAUGGAAAUGUUCAUUAUAUGUCAGCACUACACCAAAGUACACAAUAUCCUCAAAAUACGCCAGACCUUGAACUCGCAAAGAACUCAACAAAAACAGCUGCUCUUACUGAAGGGAAACUGCGCAUUUCAAAUGGUUAUGAGCCUUAGAGUUUCUGAACUGCAAGUACUUUUGGGCUACGCCGGAAGGAACAAGCACGGGCGUAAACACGAACUCCUCACAAAAGCACUGCAUUUAUUAAAGGCUGGCUGCAGUCCUGCUGUACAAAUGAAAAUUAAAGAACUCUAUAGGCGGAGAUUUCCCCAGAAAAUUAUGACACCUGCUGACUUAUCUAUCCCCAGUGUACACUCAAGUCCCAUGCCAGCAACUUUGUCUCCGUCUACCAUUCCACAACUUACUUAUGAUGGUCACCCUGCAACAUCACCAUUACUUCCUGUUUCUCUUCUGGGACCUAAACAUGAACUGGAACUACCCCAUCUAACAUCUGCUCUUCACCCUGUCCAUCCGGAUAUAAAACUUCAGAAAUUACCAUUUUAUGAUUUGCUGGAUGAACUGAUAAAACCCACCAGUCUAGCAUCAGACAACAGUCAGCGUUUUCGAGAAACCUGUUUUGCAUUUGCAUUGACUCCACAACAAGUGCAACAAAUCAGUAGUUCCAUGGAUAUUUCUGGGACUAAAUGUGACUUCACAGUACAGGUCCAGCUAAGGUUUUGUUUGUCAGAAACCAGUUGUCCACAAGAAGAUCAUUUCCCACCCAAUCUUUGUGUGAAAGUUAAUGGGAAACCUUGUAGCCUUCCAGGCUAUCUUCCACCUACCAAAAAUGGUGUGGAACCAAAGCGACCUAGUCGACCAAUUAAUAUCACCUCACUUGUCCGAUUGUCCACAACUGUACCAAACACCAUUGUUGUUUCCUGGACUGCAGAAAUUGGAAGAUAUUGGAUAUAUCCACAUUCAUCUUCCAAAAACUAUUCUAUGGCAGUAUAUCUUGUAAAACAGUUGUCCUCUACCGUUCUCCUUCAGAGGUUACGAGCAAAGGGAAUAAGGAACCCGGAUCAUUCUAGAGCUUUAAUUAAAGAAAAAUUGACUGCGGAUCCAGACAGUGAAAUAGCUACGACCAGUUUAAGGGUUUCUCUCCUAUGUCCACUUGGUAAAAUGCGCCUAACUAUUCCCUGUCGGGCACUGACGUGUUCACAUCUACAAUGUUUUGAUGCAACUCUGUAUAUUCAGAUGAAUGAGAAAAAGCCAACUUGGGUUUGUCCUGUAUGUGAUAAGAAGGCUCCAUAUGAACACCUCAUUAUUGAUGGUUUAUUUAUGGAAAUCCUAAAGUACUGUACUGAUUGUGAUGAAAUACAGUUUAAGGAGGAUGGAUCUUGGGCUCCUAUGAGAUCAAAAAAGGAGGUUCAGGAAGUUUCUGCUUCUUACAAUGGAGUUGAUGGAUGCUUGGGUUCCCCCUUGGAUCACCAGGUGUCUUCUCACCAUCAAUCUUCAAACAAAAAUAAGAAAGUAGAAGUAAUUGACCUCACUAUAGACAGCUCAUCAGAUGAUGAAGAGGAAGAACCAUCUGCCAAGCGAACCUGCACUUCUGUAUCUCCUGCAUCACCAUUAAAUAACAAAGGCAUUUUAAGUCUGCCUCAUCAAGCAUCUCCAGUAUCAAGAACCCCAAGUCUUCCUGCUGUAGACACAAGCUACAUUAAUACAUCCCUCAUACAAGACUACAGGCAUCCAUUCCACAUGACUCCCAUGCCUUAUGACUUGCAAGGUUUAGAUUUCUUUCCCUUUUUAUCAGGAGACAAUCAGCAUUACAACACCUCCCUUCUUGCCGCUGCAGCAGCAGCUGUCUCGGAUGAUCAAGACCUCUUACACUCGUCUCGUUUUUUCCCAUAUGCCUCUUCGCAGAUGUUUCUUGAUCAGUUAAAUGCAGGAGGUAGUACUGCCCUUCCAACCACGAAUGGAAGCAGUAGUGGCAGUAACAGCAGUCUUGUUUCCUCUAACAGCCUGCGAGAAAGUCAUGGCCAUGCAGUUGCCAAUAGAAGCAGCACAGACACAGCAUCUAUCUUUGGCAUCAUACCGGACAUUAUCUCAUUGGACUGAUUUGCCCUCUCCUUUCCCCUUCUUCCUACCCCCAGACUCAAUGAACUUGGCAGAAAGAAGAGAACUUUGUGCUCUGUUUUACUUUAUUCUGUUUAGAAACGUACACAAGUGUGUGUUUUUUUUUCCUUUUUUUAGGGAAAAAAUUAAAAGAAAUGUACAGAGAACAAAACUAUAUUUUCAGUUUUACUUUUGUAUAUAAACCUAAGACUGCCUGUCUGGUAAAACACGCGAAAAAAAAAAAGAAAAAGAAAAAAACAGCCACCCACAAACCACCUUUUAUUCAUUUUACUGGAUUCUGAAGAUUUUGUUUUCAACAUUCACAUUUGUCCUGUGGUUUUAUUUUUGUAGUUUGGGCAUAAAAGACAUUAUUUUCUUUGCAGUAACAGAAAAAGGAAUUGCAUGUAUGAAGUUUUAAAUUGUAGGCAGUUUCUUGUUUUUUUUGUUAGAGGGAAAAAAUACCUUUUAAAAAUGCCAUUUCCUGAUAAUGGCAGAGUUGAGUUCUGUGUUUUGCAUAGAUUUUACCCAAACUUAAGUUAUAUAAAUUUCAUCUGUCCUGGUGCAUUCAUUCCCUCUGUGUUUCAGAAUGUAGUUUAUGGGAGUGCGUGUAUUAGUAUUAGUAUAUGUUCUUAUCACUUCUGAUUUUAUCCAAGUUUGUAUUCAGUUGGAAUAUCAAGUUUUCCAUUUCCCCCAAAAUGCUAAAGAUCUUAAAGUUGACAUUUAAGAAUCUUUGCAAAAUAUCCCAGUUGCUUGUAUUCCAUCACAUACUUCUACCUGCUGCACAUACCCUGAAUAUUUCUUUUGAAGAUACCACUUAAAGUUAAUUUGGGUCCCCAAAAAAAGUCUUUAGUGGACUUAAGAAUAUCUUAAUCUGAAAAGGACUGACAUACUUCCAUUCUAACUCUGAAGUUGGAAUAUUAGAAAUUGGAACACUUUUGGUUUGCCAGAACCUAUUACUCAUGUGGUCUAUAAGUAUCUGCUUUGGUGGAAGUGGUAAAAAGUUGUCAUGAAAAAAAUUUUUCACCAGGCUAAGGCAGUAAAAAUAAUUUAAAAUGCUCUUUUGCUUGGUUUGUGCAGCUGAAUGAGGUCAUGGUGCAUACAGCAUUCAAAAAAAAAAGCUGAAAGAAAAAUAAUUCUAAAAGUAAAUGCUUUUUGGAAAAAUAAUUCUGUAAGCACCCAGUAGAUUUCAUCUUGUAGAAAUCCUCAAUUUGAUAAAGGGUUUGAAAAAUCAUAAUUUUUUUUUUUUACUUUGUCAUUUUUAAUUUCUGGCUAUCAGUAAUGCUUAUGUUCUUAAGCUUUGGGCCAAACUUAAUGUCCACCAUUUAAAUUUUCUUAUAUUUUAUUUUUUUUUUAAAUUUAGUUUUCUUCACCUUUUCAAGACAUGCAUGACAUAGGAAAGAUAUUUUAUAAAACUAUGGAAUCAGUUGUCCUGAACCAUUAAUAGUGGAAUGUGUAAAUAGAUUGAAAGCUGUUUUCAGAAGGGGGGUAGGGGGUGGGAGAAGAAUAAAGAAAAACUGAAGGGGGAAAGGUGAUUCUACUUGUGUCCCAAAGUCACCAUCAGAGAAGACACAGUAUUCUCUGGUGUACAGAAUAUUUUUCUAGCUGGUUGAAAGUGCAGGGAAUAUGUUUAUCAGGAAAGAUAAGGAAUAUUAAAUUUGCCAGUUUUCCAGUCUGGGUUUUUAUGUUUGAACACUUGAUGUCAGCUAGUUGUUUUCACAGUUGAUCAAGGACCACCUUUUGUGUAUGAAGAUGUCUUUUUAAACCUUGCAUUGAUAACAAAAUGACCUACUUUCGUUCAGGUAGAAGUCAAGAUUGCUGUAUGAUCAGUUGUAUGAUAAAUGUAUUGGUUCACAUGAAUAUGUAGCAUCUAAAAAUAGUCUUUGUGUUUUUACAGCCUCCCUCUGCCACUAAAUUGUUGACUUGAAUUUGGGGAAAAAAAAACAACAAAACAAAAUGUUUGUGUUUAUAUGUAUAUGUGUGUGUAUAUAUGUAUUUAUAGAUAAGUGUGUGUGAGCUACAAGUGAGUUAAAUAGUCUUCCCCUGAGCAUGUGUAUUCUACACAUAACUGGCUGAGUUAUAUUCACUAUAUGACCGUUUAUAAUAAAAGUCUAUUAAAUGUCAGUUAAAAUAAAACAUCAUAAAAUGGGAAAUAACUUCAGUUAUAAAUUGAAUCUGGUAUUGAGGUGUUUGGUUAAACACUUUUUAGAAAUAUUGCUGGCUUAUUCAUUUAGACUAAUAUAUUUAGGAAUAAAAUCAUAUCUCUAAAUUUGACCUUGGGGUGGAAAUGAUGACAAAACAUAUGGGGAGUUCUUAUUUCACAUCACAUUAAGGCACAUUUUUUUCCAUUAAUUUAAAAUUUUAAAGGUAAUUUUUAAAAGGUUUUUUGAGUUUUUUUAAAGUUUUCAGGGCAAUACCUUUGGGUAUGGAACUGAAUUACAAACUUUUUGAAUAAGAGUUGAAAACCACUCAGCAUUUAUUUAGCAAGACUAUCUUAUGGUUCCAUGUUCUUCAAUACCAAACAUUACACCAGACCUAAAUAAACAAAGGCAGAAAGUAGGGGGAAGUACAUUUUCAUUCACAUUUUCCUUCAUGCUUUCACAAAAGAAAUUAACCUUUCUCUUACCUUUGAGUAUUGGUGUUCAUUCUACUGGGUUAUAUUUUUCUUGUGUUGGAAUUUUUUUAAAUAUUGCAUUUGAUAGCAAUUUUUAUUUUAUACUAUCAGAUCUCAGUGUCUAUUGCUUGACCCUUUCAAUUCAGUAAGAAAAAAAAGUAUUAGUCAUAUCACACUGCAUUUCUGUCGCAGAAAGAGUUUUUAAAAGUAAUUCUUUGUUUUGUCUGAUUCUUUCAAUGUUGGUGAACUGUCUGUGAACAGAUUCGGUAACUGAUCUUUAGGCAUUUGGCUCCCAUUCCUAUUGCCUGAGUCUUUCAUAGUAGGUAUGUAUGUUUGUGUCUGUAUAUGUGUUUAUGUACAAUACUGUAUGUGUGUGUAUAUAUGCACACAAAUAUGAGUAAAUAACUGUUGUUUGAAUAGCAGGGUUGACAUGGCUUUUAAUUGCUUUUGUGGGCAUUAUUGGAUAUAUAUUUUACAAAGAAAAUCUGAACUUUAACCAUGCCAAGGCUGGUUGAUUAUAAUUUAUUUUGAGGAUUAAAAAAUUUCUUAAUUCUCCUUAAUAUAAGCAUUAUCACAAUUCUAGAACAUUACCUUUUUAGCAAAGGUUCACCCAAGCCUCAUGAGUGUGAUUUGCUUCUUCAUAUUGGAUUUCUGAAACUGGUUGGAGUCAUAGCCCAGUUUUAAAAUUAAUAACUGUGGGAAGAAUUUUUUAAAUUCAAUUUUAAAUACAUUCAGCAUUUCAAGGUUUUAAAGCACAUUUAAAAUUAUUUUAGGAAAGAUUUUGUUUUAUCAAUGUAAGUGUUGUUAAAUUCUUUUUAAAAAAAUAAAAAUAAAUAGCUUAGAUGCAAAGGGGGUGGGAGAAUAACUGGUGGUCCCAGAGUGUGCUGCUGUUAAUUGUUUAAUUAACAAAGGGAAAUGUAUAUAAACAGAUAUAAAAGUUACCAUAAAUUCCAUGAACUUAAAUCUGUGACUCAUUGCCUUAAAAAUUUCUCUUAGAGUUUCCACACCGCAUGCCAAACCAGUAAAAUGGCUUUUAAAAAUGUAUAGUAGACCAAUGUCAGUUUGUAUAAAAGUACCAAGUGAAAAUAUUUAUUACAUGCAUUGGAAAAAAUUGUUUACCUAUUGAAUGUUAUCUGUUUAUGUAGAGAUCUUUAGAUGUAAUUAAAAAAAAAAGCAUUCAGUAAAUUGUCUUCUGUAAAAUAUA